GUGGCUCCACUGUGCGGGAUGAUACUACUACGUUCAUAUGCGAGUCUUUGACUUUUAUUCAAUCAGAGAUUCAGAGAUGAAGUCCUCAACUCCAGGCCAAAGAUUGGGGUCUCGCAAUUUCAGAAGCGAUGUGGGAUUCGAAGAAAGCUUCAAAAAAGAUGUCUACAACUCAAGUUCUCUAUUAGCUCUCGCUUGAAGUUGAAAGCCCGUCCGCUCCAUCUUCUGUAAUCCUUCAUAACAAUAAAGGUACACCUCUUCCUAUACAGGACAAUAUUCGUGUUUGGGUUCUUGGGACUGAAAGGGUUUAGUAGGGUCAUAAACACAUAACAGAUCUUAAAUUGAAGCAAAAACCAGUUGCACUCACAUAAGUCCCCCCUAGCCCGUGUAUGGGUGAAGAGGGAAUGGUGAUAAGUAAUGCAGAGAAUGCUAUUGUUAAGAAAAACCGAAAACUGACAAUUCUACCUCUUAUUGCUCUGAUAUUCUAUGAUGUUUCUGGGGGUCCUUUUGGUGUAGAGGAUUCAGUCAGAGCUGGAGGUGGCCCUUUAUUGUCUUUGCUUGGUUUUGUAAUAUUUCCCUUUAUUUGGAGUAUCCCAGAAGCUUUAAUAACAGCUGAGCUCGCUACAAGCUUCCCUGAAAAUGGUGGCUAUGUGCUUUGGAUAUCAGCAGCCUUUGGGCCCUUCUGGGGUUUCCAAGAAGGCUUUUGGAAAUGGUUUAGUGGGGUUAUGGACAAUGCCCUCUACCCUGUAUUGUUCCUUGAUUACCUUAAACAUUCAUUACCAAUCUUUAAUCAUUUAAUAGCUCGAAUCCCAGCUCUACUAGGAAUGACAGUCUCAUUGACAUACUUGAACUACAGAGGUCUCCAUAUAGUUGGGUUUUCAGCGGUAUCCCUCGCCGUUUUCUCGCUUUUACCAUUUGUUGUAAUGAGUGUUCUUUCAAUUCCACGGAUUAAGCCUAAGCAGUGGCUUGUUGUGGAUUUGAAAAAGGUGGAUUGGAGAGGGUACUUCAAUAGUAUGUUUUGGAAUUUGAACUAUUGGGACAAGGCAAGUACUCUUGCUGGAGAGGUUGAGAAUCCAAGUAAGACAUUCCCAAAGGCGCUUUUUGGAGCCGUGAUUUUGGUGGUUUCUUCAUACUUGAUUCCACUUCUUGCCGGGACAGGAGCUUUGAACUCCUCACCUAAUGAGUGGACUGAUGGGUAUUUUGCAGAAGUUGGUUUGUUAAUUGGUGGAUUUUGGCUCAAGUGGUGGAUUCAGGCAGCUGCUGCAAUGUCUAACAUGGGACUCUUUGAAGCAGAAAUGAGUAGUGAUGCUUUUCAACUUCUUGGGAUGAGUGAGAUGGGAAUGCUUCCAGCUAUAUUUGCUUCAAGGUCCAAGUAUGGGACACCCACCAUUAGCAUUUUGUGCUCUGCUUCUGGAGUCAUAUUCUUGUCAUGGAUGAGCUUUCAGGAAAUAUUGGAAUUUCUCAACUUCUUAUAUUCCAUUGGAAUGCUACUUGAGUUCGCAGCCUUCAUUAACCUGAGAAUCAAAAAGGCAGACCUUCACAGACCUUACAGAGUUCCCUUCCAAACAUUUGGUGCGAUAAUGCUGUGCAUUCCUCCUGCAAUUUUGCUUGUUCUUGUUAUGUGUUUGGCUUCCCUGAAAACAUUCUUUGUAAGCGGUGCAGUAAUCAUUUUGGGAGUCUUCUUGUACCCCUUUUCAGUUCUUGUAAAGGAAAGGAACUUGAUACCAUUCAUUGCAGAACAACAUGCUGUGCCUCCCAGCGUCUGCCUAAAAGACCAAUUGGUUGUGUCACAACUUCAUCAAGAAGCUGUCGAUGACGCCUCGGUUAGCCUUCUUUCAGAGUUAUCAGCUAAGACUGAGCAAGAAUCUUCAGAAAUCAGGUUGGAAGGAGUCCUGAAAAUCUAGUAGGAAGUCGCAUGUAACUGUAGAAAAACACUUGUACUGAUGGCUAACUUCACAAUUUCACAGGUUCAUAUAACACAUUAAUCUUUCAUAUACGGCAACAUCAUCAGACACAUCAGACACUAGGGUGUCAAACAUCACUUGGCCUACUUUAUGAGGAUCCAUUUUCCACUUAAAGCAGGCUAGUUGGGAUAUGUUUUGAAGCACAUUCUUGUUAGAACUCUAAACUGUUUCCAGGAAAGCCUAAAAAAAAAAGAUUGAGAAGAACACACCAGACACUAGCUAGAAAGAACAAAGUUUGGGCCAAAGAAGCAGCAAACAAAGAACAUCAUCAAUAAAAAAGCCAAUUUAUUUAAGACGUUUUGAGCUGGUUUUAGAAAUAAGCAGGUGUUUCGGCUUCUUUUUACCUUGUAUGCUUUCUUCAUUAGACUCGAUUAUCAAAUUCAUUACAGAUGCAGUAAUGUGAAUUCAGAAGCUCCUAAAAUUUGAUAUCCUCAAGGAGCUGUUUUUAUAUUUAUUUAAUAUAACUUUUGAGAAUA